GUUUGUAAUAUGAUAUUUUAAAUCAUCAUUUUUUUUUUCCCCUUCUGUUAAACAAUUCUGGUGAAGUGCGUUGUUAUAGCAACUGCUUCGGGCCCGGCGACUGCUGCGUUCAAGGAGCCUCCGGAGCUCUUUCUGUGUCACCAUGGGGAUCAAAGCUGCACUUCCCAAAUAUGAGAUCUAUUUCUACAACACGAUGCUUUGUCUGGCCAUGUUCUGGGCUUCCAGCUGGAUCUUUGACCUUUCCAGUUCCAAUGCAAACAGAAAAACAUUCAAAACCAGCGUGACGCCAGGAUGGUACUACUUCGGGAGGAACAUGGAUACGGCUGAUUGUGAGUGGAUGAUGUGGUUUUCCACCUUCAGAGAGCAUAUCCUGUUUGCUCUCGCUGGCCAUGUGCUGUUCGCUAAGAUCUGCUCCAUGUUGGCUCCACAGUACAGGUCCCUGGUGUACAUGGUGUAUGGGCUCCUGGCCGUGUGGACCAGUAUGGGCUGGACCUACGUCACCCUCAUCCUGUCCCACUGUAUUCUGCUCUACAGCAUCUCCUUGGUGAAAAUCCGCUGGCUCUGCUUCGUCAGCGGUCUUUGCACCCUUGCCACGUUCAAGUGUGAACCCUUCGUGUCCUGGCAGGCAGGCUUUGUGGAGGGUGAUUUUGAGCUGCGUCACGUCCUCUUCUAUGGCGGUUGUGGGUUUACAAUCAUGCGCUGUAUGAGCUUUGCUCUGGAGAACUGCGAGAGGAAAGAUGGAAACUACAACAUCCUGGAGCUGCUCAAGUAUAACUUCUACCUACCCUUCUUCUAUUUUGGGCCCAUCAUGACCUUUGAUAAGUUUUAUAUUCAGGCCAACAAGUCAGACUUGACCAGGAAAGAGUGGGAGAUGUGGAACAUCAGUCUGCAGGGCCUGAGUCACCUGGGAGUCAUCAUUGUAGUGGACGUCCUCUUCCAUUUCCUGUACAUCCUCACCAUCCCCAACGACCUAAAGCUGCUAAAGCACGCCUCGGACUGGGCUCUAGUGGGCCUAGCUUACUUUAACCUGGUGUAUGACUGGGUGAAAGCCGCUGUCAUGUUUGGAGUCAUCAACACCGUGUCCAGACUGGAUCAUCUGGACCCUCCCAAGCCACCGAAAUGCAUCACGAUGCUCUACGUGUUCGCUGAAACUCAUUUUGACAGAGGGAUCAACGAGUGGCUGUGCAAGUAUGUGUACGACCACCUGGGUGGAAAACAUGAGAACGUGGUGGAGGAGCUGGUGGCGACACUGUGCACCUUCGGCGUCACCGUCCUGUGGCUGGGACCCUGCCAGGCGGUGCUGAUCUGGGCUUUCUUCAACUGCUUCGGCCUCAACUUUGAGCUGUGGACCGCCAAGUUCUUCUCCAUGGAGCCUUUUGCUUCGUUUGAGAUGAGCAUGCCAGAAGCGACAUCCCGCCGGAUCCGAGCCAUCUUUAAUACUUUGAACUUCUGGAGCAUUGUGUUGUACAACAUCUUGGCCUUGAACAGUUUGGACUUUGCCAAGUUGGUCGCAAAGCGGCUGCUUCUUAAAGGCUUCCCUAUAACCACCAUCAUCGUCAUGUUUGUGACCUACUGCCUGAUUCAAGUGAUUAAGGAGAGAGAGAGGAGGCAGGCCCUGAUUGAUGAUCCCGAUCCUCUUCCUCCUGCUCCCCCUCAAAGCGCCGCCACCACUGCAGCUGCACCCACUGCUGCUCAACCAGUCGCAGAUCCCAGCAAAGAAAAAGCAGAGUAG